AUAUAUAUAGACACACAAGAUACACAUUAAAUUCACUCUAAAUUUCACAUAAAUUCACAUGUAAUGCAAAUCCACAUGCAAGUGAGUGCGGAUUUGCUGAUAUGCACGGCAGUAUUAGGGUUUCUCUGUUUGUUCCUCCUCCGGAGAUUCCGCAGCGGCGACGGCGGGCGGCGGCUGCCGCCGGGGCCGAGGCCAUGGCCGAUCGUCGGAAACCUUCCUCAGCUGGGGCGUAAGCUUCACCAGUCGACGGCGGCGCUGGCGCGCGCGCACGGACCGCUCCUGCACCUGAAAUUCGGACUCGUGCACGCGGUGGUGGUGACCUCGGCGGCGGCGGCGGAGCAGUUUCUGAAAGUUCACGACGCGAAUUUCUCCAGCCGGCCGCCGAACGCCGGCGCGAAGUACAUGGCGUAUAACUACCAGGAUCUGGUGUUCGCGCCGUACGGACCGAGGUGGAGGCUGCUUCGCAAAACCAGCUCGCUGCAUCUCUUCUCCAACAAGGCGUUGGACGAUUUCCGCCAUAUCCGACAGGAAGAGGUUGGAAUCCUCGUUCGCACACUCGCAAACGUACAAGGAAUCACGGCAAACUUAGGCGAAAUGAUUAACAUAUGCACGACAAAUGCAAUAGCUCGUAUAAUAUUAGGACGACGGGUGGUUAGCCACAAAUGUGGGGGCGGGGAUGCCAAACCCGAGGAAUUUAAAUCUAUGAUGGUGGAGCUCAUGGCGUUGUCGGGUGCUUUCACCAUUGGUGAUUUUAUUCCACCGCUCGAGGGCUUGGACUUGCAAGGAGUGGCCGCUAAGAUGAAGAAAAUCCACUUGCGUUUCGACGCCUUCUUGACCAAAGUCCUCGAGGAACACAAGAUGAACGGCUCGGAUCAUGUCGCAAAACACGAGAAUCUCUUGAGCACGUUGAUCUCUUUGAAAGAUUCUGAUAAUGCCGAGGGAGACGGGCCUACCGACACCGAGAUCAAAGCAUUGCUUUUGAACCUCUUUAUCGCCGGCACUGAUACCACGUCGAGCACCGUGGAAUGGGCUAUAGCUGAACUAAUCCGCAAUCCAAAUUUAUUGGCGAGAGCCCAACAAGAACUCGACUCGGUUGUAGGAAAGAACCGUCUUGUGACCGAAGAGGACUUAUCCCAAUUAACAUUCAUGCAAGCCAUAGUCAAAGAAAACUUUCGGCUCCAUCCAUCCGCCCCAAUUUCUCUACCAAGAGUCGCACAAGAAAAUUGUGAGAUCAACGGGUACUUCAUUCCAAAAGGCUCUAUGCUUCUUGUCAACAUUUGGGCCAUAUCCCGUGAUCCUAAUGCAUGGAUUGAUCCACUAGAAUUUAGACCUGAAAGGUUCUUGCCAGGUGGGGAAAGGCCCAAUGUCGAUGUCAAAGGUAAGAACUUUGAAUUGAUUCCAUUUGGGGCGGGCCGGAGAAUUUGUGUGGGGAUGAACUUAGGUAUACGCAUGGUCCAAUUUCUUACGGCGACAUUGGUCCAUGCUUUUGACUUCAAAUUGAGCGAUGGGCUGUCGCCAGAUAAAUUAAAUAUGGAGGAAGGUUGUGGGCUUACAUUGCCACGGGCUGAACCGUUGAUGGUUCACCCAAAACCAAGAUUAACCUCUGAUGUCUACAAAGCUUUAUUGUAAUAUUCUUAGCUUUAAGUUUUCAAACUAAAACAUAUAUAUAUAUCUUUAAAUUUGAGAAAGUAUUGUAUUUUAAAGUUUUUAAUGUAUAUUAAUCCUUUAUAUGUAUCGAUGAAUAAGAUACUAUCGUUGUUUUAAGUUA